CUAAAACUCGCAACGCCCUAUUCGUCCCUCAUAGGCUGCCGUAGUUACGUCAUCAAAACAAGCCAAGCAGCAUGGAGUAGCCGUCUUUCUGAAGGAUUUUUGACCUUCCUUAUAUAUUCUGUACACCUUGUUUCGGUGUUCAAGAGCUUACCAGGAUGUCGACCAAGCUUGCAUCAAUCCAUGCCAAAUGGAUCAUCGGCAAAGUAGUGGGGACCAAGAUGAUGAAAACUGCCAAAGUGAGAGUCACAAGGCUGGUGCUGGACCCCUACCUGCUCAAGUACUACAACAAGAGGAAGACCUACUUUGCCCAUGAUGCUUUGCAGCAGUGCACUGUAGGAGAUGUUGUCCUUCUUAAGGCUCUCCCUGAGGCCAGGUCCAAACAUGUGAAACAUGAACUGGUGGAAGUCGUGUAUAAGGUUGGUCGGGUGGUUGACCCACUGACAGGGAAGAAGGUUGCAGGAACUGAGUUCAUGGAGCCUCUCACUGAUCUUUCGCUGAAUCUGGAAGAAGAAACUACGUUAACAGAAAAACUACAAAAGCUCAACAUCACUGCUGCGACAAGUGGAGCGGAUUCACCUCCAGAACAAACUCUCUCUUCAUGACAGAAAUCUGCUUCCUUUUAUACCCAGUAAUGUUAGCUUAUAUAUUACUAUGUAAUGAAGUUUCUGUUUGUGUGUCCAUGUAAAAAAUAAAUAUAUACAAAAGAAAUCAA